AUGAGUGGUUCAUGCAGUGAAAUCGAUUCGACUGCUUCGCCGGCAGAGGAACAAGCCAGCAGCUCCCAAAACGAUGAGAAUCCUGAGGAGCAGACGCCGGUGAAGACAUUGCUGCAAUGUGUGCUGUCCAAAAAUCAGAAGCUGGAUGCCUUGGCCUCCCGAUGGGUAAAGUUCUAUGAGGAGAGUCCCACAGCUGCUUUGGUUACUCUAAUGCAGUUUUUGCUGGAGGCCAGCGGAAGUCAGUACCAAAUUCCGGGAGACACUACAAGGCCAUUCUCCUAUGGCGAAAUCCUGCAAAGAUCCUCUCUUCAUUUUCGUAAUGUCACUUUGUAUCCCAUUAUUAUGAAGACGGCCGAAUUCUUUGUCCACAGGGUGGCAGGCUUUUUUGAGGCCCUCUUAAAAGCGGCCAAUGAUUUGGCCACUGAUUCAUAUAACACGUUUCUGGCCGAGAUUACGGGCUUUCUAAUGGCCUGCGCUGAGUCCAACGUUCGUCCUUUUCGCCACACAAACACCAUGAUUGGUUUGAAAAUAAUGACCUUUUUGGUGCAACUUAAAUCGGUGAACGAUGAGGAGCUGAAGCAACUAUGGAUGCGGAUGUUCCAGGGCCUGUUUAUGGAAUGCCAUCGCGAUGUGGUGGACAACAUAAGGCUGCUCUGCAUCUCCGAACUUGGAGUGUGGUUCGGCAACUACCCAGAGUGCCACCUGGACGCAAAUAGCCUGCGUUUCCUCUUCGAAGCUUUGGAUGAUAGCUCGAUGGAGGUGAAACUCUGCAGCCUGACUAAAAUUUUAAUCAUCUGCCGUCACGAAGAUCUUCGACCAAUGUGCCUGACAUUGGGCAAUGAAUUUCGGGAGCUAUUACUCAACCUAUGCGGUGAUAAGGAGGAUGAAAUAUCAGAGGAAUCCUUGCGCCUCCUAACCGAAUUACAUCGAUCUUCUAAUGAAAUUCUAAGUGAUGAUGAAUGCGAGGUGCUGGAGGAAUUGAUGUUCACCGCACAUCGAGGAUUGGCGCAGGCUGCGGCGGAGCUUUUCAUUCAGCGUAGAAGGGAACAAAUGGAAGGAGCAUCAUUUCCCCAAAAAAUGCGACAUCUCCUCCAGUUUUUCAUUGAAAAGUGUCAGCAAGAACAUGCUGCCUAUCUGGUAGAUUCCUUGUUCAACAAAUGCGAAAUAAUUUGCGACUGGGAGUCGAUGAUUGAAAUGCUAAUGGAGGAUCAGUCGCCAGUUUUAACCGAGGAUGAGAGCUCUGCUUUGAUAGAAAUCCUCUGUAAAGGCGUUGCGCAAGGAAUUACCAGAGAAAUACCACCAGGAAGAUAUACCAAAAAUCUGGAGAUUAGGCCAAGGUUAGAUGUCCAAGACAGGGCCACCAAGUUACUGGCACCCGUGUUGCCGCAACUCCUGCGAAAGUAUGCAAAUCGCUCAGAGGAUUUGGUAAAUCUCCUGCAAAUUCCGCGAUACUUUUUUUCGCAUUACUAUAGCCAUCCGGCUAACUUUGGACAACUUUCGGAACUCAUGGAGCAAAUCGAUGUGCUCAUGUUCCAUCAGACAAACGACCGAGUGCUGAGGACUGGAGCUGGCACUCUAAGGCUUCUCUAUGAAUUGCAGUCAACGCAUCUGCUUAUAGAGACUAUGCUGAAUAGUGCGGUGACCAACUACAAGAUUGCACUGCGCACCUGGCAGGAGAUGUAUGGCGUCUCGCCUUCAUCAUCAUCAUCCUCCUCAUCGGGCUCCUCCAAAUCACCGAGGAGCCGCUCACGCCGUCUGCUUAACACCUUGCGUCUGAUUUCCGCCCUCUACGCUUAUUUUGAUCUCAGCUCCUGGCAGUUGACCGAGUCGGUUUUGUCCAGCUUAAAGCGGGUGACCAGGGAGCGGGAUGCGGCGGCAGCUGGGGGCAGAGAUAGCCUGCCGGCGGAGGCAGUCUCUCUUUACCUGGCCGUUGGCUUCUUCAGUCUGAACUGGGACCUCAUGACCUUCAAGGAGGAGGCCCUAAUCAAUGAGGCGGGCAACAUGGAGGAUUCCUGUGCGGCCCUCAAGAAGCACUUGGAGGACUUUCUGUUCGUCACCUUCGAUCAGGUUGUCAAUGGCAACGAUGUGUCACUUUCAUUUCGUUGCUUUUCCUAUAUCUGUGAUCUGUUUAUGAUAUACGAUCACCAGAUGCUUGACGGUACCAAUGCUUUGUUGCGUUCUGCUGCCUAUGAACCGUCUGUAAAUGAGGUGGAGAUACUGGAGAGCUUUCUUUUGCGACACCUCUUGCUGUUGAGUCCUUCGGAUCUUAUGCAGGAUGCACAUUAUGAUCAGCUCCAGAACAGCCGUCGCAUUCUGGUCAGCUACUGCAAACUGGUGGCUUUCAAUGUGAUCCCAGCCAUGCGAGCCUGUAAGAUUUUCCAGUAUUACGAAAAGUACUACCUUCCAUAUGGUGACAUUAUGAGAUCUUCCAUGGAACAGGCUCUCCGUAUCAAUCCCGUUCACUACGGCAUGACCAUAUUCCACACCUGCUUGCAGCUUUACCAGAAGAUUAUGAACGAUAAUAAUGAUGAUGGUCCCAGGGCUUUCGGUUCUCCAGAGUUCAGCGAACUAAUGAACCUGGCCAAACGAUUGGGCGAGACACUCAUAUCCAAUCGCAUACAGAAUCGCGAAAGUGUGAUCACUCUUCAUAGAGCUGGAAUUAUGUACGUUUUGGAAUCGCUGCCAAACGAACCCACAGCUGCCCCAAAAAAUCUACUCUUCUUGAGUGUCCUUCAGGCUUUUGUGCCGCAGCUUUUGGGGCAGGACAAGAAUGGGAUAUUGGAAUUACUGCAGAAAAUCGAGCAGCCGGAUUUACCUUCGUGCAACCGAGAGGAGUGGCAGCCUUUGGAAGGAUAUCGUUCAGUUUUAGAGAAAGGAACUCAGCCACUUAGAGAGCUUAAUAUUUAA